AUGGGCUGGGACAUAUUCGAGGGUCCCGCUGCCGGCGACCUCGUCGAGCGCGUGGUCGAGCUCAUCGUCACGAACCCCCUCGUCAACAUUCUGCGCGGCGCCAUGUCCAUCCUCGUCGCCCUCGUCAGCCACUCGCAGUCCGACGCGGGCGCACGCAACCCCGCCACCGCCGGCGCGAGACUGCCCGGGUCCUUUGGCUUCCGCGCCCUGAAGCCCGCCGUCGCCGUCUACCCGCACUUCUUCGAGCUCGUCAUCGCCCAGCUGCAGUCCGCCGACCACGCCCUCUGCGCCAACGCCCUCAUGCUCAUCAACGCCCUCAUCCGGGACGCUGUCUCGAGCGAGGCCGCCGCCCGCGAGGCCGCCACCGUCGGCCUGGCCACCAAGUCAUCGGCCGCCGCCGCCGCAGCCCAGGGCGCCCCCAUGGAGGAGUGGUCCAAGUUCAUCAAGCGACUGCAAGAUCUCGGUCUUAUCAAGGCCGUCUACAACCUCAUGCAGAGCUCGGCCCUGCAGGAUCUCGCCCACCCUCUCCUCGAGUUUCAGUCCCUGACCAAGCUCCUGCUGCGCAAGUGGCGCGAGGUCCGCGUCGACGUCGAACGCCCCGAGCACCGGAGAGGUCUCAAGGGCCUCCACAUUGCGAGCGCGCCCGACCGCCCUGCCGUCAACGGCAUCGCGUCCAACAGAGACGAGCAAGCCGACACUGUGGCGGCCAUGACGACAAGGAAGGGCAGUCGACGGCACAAUCCCGAAAAGUGGCGACGACUCGGCUUCGAGACGGAGAGCCCGGCCCAGGAGUUCGACGUGACGGGCUUUCUCGGCAUGAUGGACCUCACCGACUACGUGCGCAAGCACGAGGACGGCUUCCAGAAGAUCCUCCUCGAGCAGGCCGAGGCCGAGGAGCACAAGGGCUACCAGGGCCUCGACGUGUCGGCCAAGAACAACGACAAGCUCUUCCGCCCGCUGCUGCUGCAGUGGUCGCGCCUGCACACGGCCGGCCUGCUCGCCUUUUUCCGCCUCUGGAAGGCGACGGGUGCCGCGCAGGGCGACUUUGACAAGGUCACCGAGCUCGUGCGCAUCCUCGUCGAGCAGGUCGUUGGCCGUGCCGCCCGCACGCGCGACGUCCUGGAGGUCGAGGACGACCUCGCCGAGCACGACUGCGCCCGCCUGCGCGAGCUCCAGAUGGAGCUCCUCGAGCUCUCCUUCGAGGACGCCUGGGGCCAGCACCUCUACCAGGUCCGCGAGGAGCUCAAGCAGGAAGCGCUGCAGUUCGUCAAGGAGCAGCGCGUCCGCUGUCUGCUCCAGGGCGCCUGCUUCUCCCCACAACCGCCGCUUCCUGCACUACGCCCGAUUUUCGUGACGCGCACCCCAGAACCAGGCCUCGACACGCUGACUGAAAAAGUCGACCUCGGCACCAUCUCCUCCGUCGUCUCCAACGUCUCAGCCCCCGACGACGCCGCCAGCGCCGCGACCGUCAAGAACCUCCACGUCAACGGCCACAGCCACAGCCACACCCACGUCAACGGCCACGGCGACGCGACGCCGACGCCGACGACAGCCGCCGCCGGCCUCACGGGCUCGUCGACCAAGAUUACCAUUUUCCGCUUCGCCGACCCGUCGGACCCGAGCGCCGGCGAGUCGGCCGUCCUCGCCCUGCACCCCGUCAACCACAGCGCCGCGUCCGAGUGGCUCGACGGCCUCCUCAUGCUCCUCAACCAGGCGCCCAUCACGGCCGAGACGAACAAGCUCGUCGGCCUCGUCAGCGAGUACGGCCUCAAGAUUCGCCUGCUCAACGUCCGCGUCGAGGCCGCCUACGCGGGGCCCCCGCCCGGCGCCGGCGUUGUGCCGAGCCGCGCCGGCCUCGACGAGGAUUACUACUACGAGGUGUAG